GUUUCAGGUACCAGUUUUUAAGUGAUUGUAUUCCCAAAAAGAACACAAUAAGGAAUAUUAUCCUUCAACAUCAUGGCACAAAACAAAACCGACCUGUUGGCGGUGUUGGCUGUGGUGAAAAAGUACAAUUUAAAGGCUACCGAAGACUUGCUGAAAAAAGAAGCCGGGCUAACAGAUAUUCCUGAGAAUGUGGCUGGCGAAGCUGAGGUUAACAGUGUCCUGGCGGCGUACAAAAGUGAAGGGGAUCCCGACAUUUACGAAACGUCGUACAUGGAAUUGCGCAAAUUCGUAGAAGAAUCGCUCGACAUCUACAAACACGAGCUGGCGCUCAUCCUAUACCCCGUGCUGGUCCACAUGUACAUCGAAUUGGUGUACAACAGCCAUGAGAAGCAAGCCAAACGGUUAAUAACAAAGUUUGGCCCGGAACAAGAGUAUUACUAUCAAGAUGAGCUUGCAAAGUUGGCGAUGGUUACAAAGCGGGACGAAAUGAGCGGGAACGACAUCACCGACACAUUCAAGUCGAACGCAUUCACUAUUCGUAUAUCUCGCGACACGCUGUCGCUGCUGAAACGGCAUUUGCACGAAAAAAAGGCGUCGGUUAUUCUAAACAUUGUCAAUGAGCACAUGUACUUCGAUUUGUACGAAGGUGUCGCAAGAAAUAAGGCUCAGUGUGAUGCUACAAGUGGGGCAAUGACGGGAGAAGCCAAACGGCAAGAUAACAAAAUCAAGGUGUAUUACGGUCUGCUAAAGGAACCGGACGUACAGACGUUGGUGGCUGCACCCCCUGAAGAAGACGACGAUAUGGAUCCAGACGCACCGGACAAACCGAAGAAAAAGAAACCCAAAAAAGAUCCGCUGUUUUCUAAGAAAUCGAAAUCGGACCCGAAUGCGCCUCCUCUGGAUCGCAUUCCACUGCCCAAGCUGAAGGAUCUCGACAAGAUGGAGAAAAUCAAAUCUCUUCGUGAGUCUACGAAACGUGUCAAUCUUGGACCGGAUCUACUGCCAUCCAUUUGCAUGUACACGUUGUUGAACGCAAAUCACACCGUUACCUGUGCGGAUUUAGCUGAAGAUUCCAGCCUGCUGGCGGUUGGGUUUAGCGACUCAUCUAUCAAGGUGUGGUCGAUGACACCGAUUAAGUUGCGCGAGCUGAAGAGUGCGGAGCAACUAAAGGAGAUAGAUCGCGACGCAGACGAUGUACUGAUUCGCAUGCUGGAUGAUCGGAAAGCGGAAACCUCUCGCACACUGCACGGUCACAGUGGUCCAAUCUACCGUACCUCGUUUUCACCAGACAGAACGAUGCUGCUUUCCUGUUCGGAAGACAGUACCAUUCGCUUGUGGUCACUGCACACCUGGACAUGCGUUGUCAUAUUUAAAGGCCAUCAGUACGCCGUCUGGGACGUUCGAUUUUCACCGCACGGUCACUAUUUUGUGAGCUGUUCGCACGACAAAACGGCUCGCUUAUGGGCUACGGAUUACCAUCAGCCGCUGCGUGUUUUCGCCGGACACUUGUCGGAUGUGGACGUUUGUAUAUUCCAUCCAAACAGCAAUUACGUUGCGACGGGAUCAAGCGACCGCACAGUGCGCCUGUGGGACGUCUGCGUAGGAAACCAUCAUCGCCUGCUCACGGGACACAAGGCGCCAAUAUAUUCGCUGGCGUUUUCAAUGUGUGGCCGUUACCUCGCCUCGGGAUCAGCCGACAACCGGGUGUUGAUAUGGGAUCUUGCUCACGGGCAUCUGAUCGCGGCGUUGACGGGUCAUACCGCUUCCAUACACUCGAUUUGUUUCAGUCGCGAUGGUACGAUUCUGGCGACUGGCGGACUCGACUGCGCUCUCAAGCUGUGGGACUUUACCAAGCUCGUCGAUGACAUAAGCGGAGAAAAUGUAAACGUCUCGCACAACCCGGACGUGCGCGAUGGUGAACCGUAUCUGCUGCGCACGUUUCCCACAAAGCAGUCGCCUUUCCUGACGCUGCAUUUCACGCGACGCAACCUGCUCCUCGGAGUCGGUAUGUACGAGCUGGGAAUCUGAAUGAAAAUAUAUGCGAAAGAAGCGUGCUUACCGCUUAAUUUUAUAUUG